CUAGUGUUUGGUUUAGUGCAGUUUAUUUACCUUAUUUUUCUUGGCAUACAAUGCCGAUCAACUUUAAUAUUGGCUUGCUGGGACAUGUUGACAGCGGCAAGACCACCUUGGCCAAGGCUUUAAGUUCGAUUUCAAGCACGGCCGCCUUCGACAAGAAUCCGCAGUCAGUGGAGCGAGGAAUAACUUUGGAUUUGGGCUUCAGUGGACUUUUGGUGGAUGCUCCUGCACACUUACCCCAAGGAGAACAGCUCCAGUUCACCUUUGUCGACUGCCCCGGCCAUGCAAGUCUCAUACGCACUAUUAUAGGAGGUGCCCAGAUCAUUGAUGUCAUGCUUCUGGUGGUGGACGCACAAAAAGGCAUACAAACCCAAACAGCGGAGUGCCUAAUUAUCGGGGAGUUACUGCAGAAAAAGCUGAUUGUGGUGAUCAACAAAAUAGAUGUUUAUCCAGACGAUCAGAGGGCGUCUAAGCUGGAGAAGCUACGCUUGCGACUCGCAAAAACUUUGGAAGCCACCACAUUCGGUGGUCAAGUGCCCAUCUGUGCUGUGUCUGCUUUGCAAGGAACACAUAUUGCGGAGUUGCAAGAAGCACUGAGAGAAGCAUACUUCCAGCCGCAGAGAAACCUAUCCGAUCCUCUGUUCAUGUACGUUGAUCAUUGCUUCGGAAUAAAGGGUCAGGGAACCGUUUGCACUGGCACUCUGCUCCAGGGAAAGGUUCAGGUAAACGAUGUGAUUGAGCUGCCAGCUCUCGGGGAGCAAAGGAAAGUGAAAUCCAUGCAGAUGUUCCGCAAAAACGUGACCAGCGCCUCUAUGGGCGAUAGAAUUGGGCUUUGUGUGACACAAUUCAAUGCAAAGCUGCUGGAGCGUGGAAUCAUUACCCAACCGGGUUACCUGAAACCCAUCUAUGCCGUGUGUCUACAGUUCAAACCUAUCCGCUACUACAAGGAAGUCAUAAAAUCGAUGAGCAAGCUGCACAUCUCAGUGGGACACAACACAGUGAUGGCCAAUGUAACUUUGUUUCGGGAUACGGACGGCACAUCUUCCACGUUCCAACUGGACAAAGAAUAUGAGUAUAUGGACGAAGUCCAACCUGCGGAGGUUCAACAUAAUGAUGUGAUCUAUGCACUAUUGCAAUUCGAAAGCCCUGUCCUAGCUCCACCACAUUCAACACUGAUAGCUUCUAAGCUGGACAUGGACGUCCAUAGUACCAGUUGUAGAUUGGCGUUUUGGGGACGCAUUGCCUGGCAGACGCACAGUUCCAAAUACUUCCAGGAAGAACUGCCAAAACUGCGGAUUUUCAAGCGCAAACAGAAAGUGGGAAGCAUUCAGCGAGUGGUCAAUACCAACGAAGUGAUAGUUCAAAACCUUUUUAAAAAGGACGCCAAACGUGAUUUGUACGUCGGCAAAAAUGUGGAGCUCUCAACGGGAGAGAAGGGUCGUAUUGAACGCACUUUUGGCCAGACAUCCAAGGUGGCUAUAACUUUUCAGAACGCGCUAUCUCCUGAAACAAUAAGCAAUGUAAAGAAUGUUAAGGUUCUGCUUAACUGUAAGAAAUAUGUGUUUAAUAAACAAGCUGGCUUGUUUCAAUGACAAAAUUAAUAACUA